AUGCCUGUGUACGACGUUAGUAUUGCACUUUUAGGCUCCGAUCUCGAAAGACGCGUCCGCCAACACGCUGGCGCCAAAGAAUCAGCUUGGGCGAAAGCUGGUGUCAAACCUGGUUUUCAAAUAUGGAGGGUAGAGAACUUUGCGAUCGUUGAUUGUAGCGACUGGGUGGAACACGAGAAGAAAUAUGGGACUUUCUAUGACGGCGAUUCGUAUAUUGUUUUGCAUACGUACCAGCCUGAUGGCAAGAAGGACACCCCGCUCCGAUACGAUCUGCAUUUUUGGCAAGGAGAAGAUACGAUUCUGGAUCAAGCUGCCACAGCUGCAUUCAAGGCUGCUGAGCUCGAGGAACACCUCGGAGGCAACGUGACGCAAUACCGCGAGAUCCAAAACCACGAAUCCCCUCGAUACUUAUCCUACUUCCCCCACUUCAUGAUCUUGCAUGGGGGCGUAUCGACGGGAUUCCAUAGCGUGCUCACCAUGUUGCCUGAAGAUGCAAAGAAGAUGUACACGAUGGUCACGACGCGUGGUAAGGUGCUCAAAACACGGUCAGAGGACGGGAAACAGCUUAUAGUGCGUGAAAUACCUCUCGAGGGGUUGGUUAUGCGCCAGGCGAUUGUCUACGUACUCGACAAAGGUCCACUCUAUUGGCAAUUUAACACCAAGAAGAGUACCGCUUGGGCGAGGUACAAAGCAGCUGAAUAUAUGAUGUACUUGGGACAAUGGAGGGUUCCUCAGGCUAAAUUUCAAGUGUUUGGUGAGUGCGUUAAUCGGCUGAGCUGUGGUUCCGUGCGUAUUAAUGAUAACUGUGCAGAUGAGGGGACUCCGGACCAAGCAGAGUUCCUUGAAGCAGCGGGAGUCACUUCUCCUGUAUUGGACGUACCGCUAGAGACUCCGGUCGAUCCCCCGGCAUUAUACCGACUGAACGGAGACGUCGAUGGCUGGCAGGUCGUCGCUGUCGCUGUACAGAAAACUUCACUUCAGUCUGAUGGUGUUUAUAUCUUGGACGACCAUGCAUUCCCGGCGGUCUACACUUGGCUAGGGAAGAACGUACCAGAGCCCCGACGAAGACUCGCACUACAGUAUGCUCAAAAUUACUUGAAUGAUAAACGUACCAAGGAGGGAGAGCAUGUGCAAGUGGCAACUACGUUGGUGAAGGUUAACGAAGAAGCAGAGCCAGCUUCAUUUUGGGAGGUAUUGGAUACGAAAACCGAGGGAGUGCCCUGA